CCGGGCUCCAGGAAAGUAGCUUGAUGAGUGUCCAAAGUAGCAGUGGAAGUUUGGAGGGGCCGCCAUCUUGGUCCCGGCUCUCCUCCACGUCCCCACCGAGCCUGCAGGGCUGCUCCGCGGCGGCGGCGGCGGCGGCAGCGGCGGCAGCAGCAGCGGCGACGGCAGCGGCCGUGGCGGCCUCAGCGGCGGCGGCGGCCUCCCUGCUCCGCAGCGGCGCGCCGCUCAAGGAAGGUGCAAUGGAUGAGCUUCAUAGCCUGGAUCCAAGAAGGCAGGAAUUGUUAGAGGCUAGAUUCACAGGAGUAGUGAGUGGAAGCACUGGGAGUACAGGAAGCUGUAGUGUUGGAGCAAAGGCCUCAACAAAUAAUGAGAGUUCUAAUCACAGUUUUGGAAGCUUGGGAUCUCUAAGUGACAAAGAAUCAGAGACUCCCGAGAAAAAACAGUUGGAACCUUCUAGAGGAAGAAAAAGGAAAGCAGAAAACCAGAGUGAAAGUAGUCAAGGUCUUGCGCUGAGCCAUCAGGAUCAAGCAACUCAGAAUGGGAAAAACAUUGGUGCACGUGGGCACAAAAUUAGUGACUAUUUUGAAUACCAAGGUGGAAAUGGGUCUAGCCCAGUAAGAGGAAUGCCUCCUGCGAUUCGCUCUCCUCAAAAUUCACAUUCCGCCCCUUCUUCCGUUCGACAGAAUAGUCCUUCUCCUACUGCAUUAUCUUUUGGGGACCACCCUGUUUCACAACCAAAGCAGUUGUCAUUUAAAAUUACUCAGACUGAUCUCACAAUGUUGAAAUUAACUGCACUUGAAAGUAAUAAAAACCAAGACCUGGAAAAGAAGGAAGGUCGUAUAGACGAUUUGCUCAGGGCUAAUUGUGACCUACGACGACAAAUAGACGAACAACAAAAGCUACUUGAAAAAUACAAAGAAAGAUUAAACAAAUGCAUUUCAAUGAGCAAGAAGCUUUUGAUUGAAAAAAGCACACAAGAAAAGCUGGCAAGCAGAGAGAAGAGUAUGCAAGACAGAUUACGCCUUGGGCAUUUUACGACUGUUCGACACGGCGCAUCGUUUACCGAACAGUGGACAGAUGGCUUCGCAUUUCAGAAUCUUGUGAAGCAACAGGAGUGGGUAAAUCAACAAAGGGAAGAUAUAGAGAGGCAAAGAAAACUUCUGGCAAAGCGAAAACCUCCUGCUACAAAUAAUUCUCAGGCGCCCUCUGCCAAUUCAGAACCUAAGCAGAGGAAAAACAAAGCUGUCAAUGGAGCAGAAAACGAUCCGUUUGUUAGACCCAAUUUACCACAAUUGCUAACACUAGCAGAAUACCAUGAGCAAGAAGAAAUUUUCAAGCUUAGAUUAGGACAUCUCAAAAAGGAAGAAGCUGAAAUACAAGCAGAACUUGAACGUCUGGAAAGAGUUAGAAAUCUUCACAUACGAGAGCUCAAAAGAAUAAACAAUGAAGAUAAUUCUCAGUUCAAGGAUCAUCCUACGUUAAACGAGCGAUAUUUGUUACUUCAUUUACUUGGUCGAGGUGGAUUUAGUGAAGUAUAUAAGGCUUUUGAUCUCUAUGAGCAAAGAUACGCUGCUGUGAAGAUACACCAGCUUAACAAAAGCUGGAGAGAUGAGAAAAAAGAAAACUACCACAAGCACGCCUGCAGAGAGUAUAGAAUACACAAAGAACUUGAUCAUCCAAGGAUAGUAAAACUCUAUGACUACUUUUCCCUGGAUACAGAUACGUUUUGUACAGUAUUAGAAUAUUGUGAAGGCAACGAUUUAGAUUUCUAUCUCAAGCAACAUAAACUAAUGACAGAAAAAGAAGCUAGGUCCAUUGUAAUGCAAAUAGUAAAUGCACUGCGAUAUCUCAAUGAGAUUAAGCCACCUAUAAUACACUAUGAUCUUAAACCAGGAAACAUCCUUUUGGUAGAUGGAACAGCAUGUGGAGAAAUAAAAAUUACGGACUUUGGGCUGUCUAAAAUAAUGGAUGACGAUAGCUAUGGUGUGGAUGGAAUGGACUUAACCUCACAAGGGGCUGGGACUUACUGGUAUUUGCCUCCAGAGUGCUUUGUUGUAGGCAAAGAGCCACCCAAAAUUUCUAACAAAGUGGAUGUGUGGUCAGUUGGAGUAAUCUUUUUCCAGUGUCUAUAUGGUCGAAAGCCAUUUGGUCAUAACCAGUCCCAACAAGAUAUACUUCAAGAAAAUACAAUAUUAAAAGCCACUGAAGUACAGUUCCCAGUGAAGCCUGUUGUGAGCAAUGAAGCCAAGGCAUUUAUCAGACGUUGCUUGGCAUACCGUAAGGAGGACCGGUUUGACGUUCAUCAGCUAGCUAAUGAUGCUUACCUACUCCCGCACAUGAGAAGAUCAAAUUCUUCAGGAAACUUGCAUAUGACUGGACUGGCAGCAUCUCCUACGCCGCCAAUAUCCAGCAUUAUUCCCUACUGAAGCUUCUUAAACAUGGAAGGCUUGCAUGAAAUCGUCAUGUAGUUUUGCUGCAGCGGACUUUCAUCUGAAAGCGUUGGAUUAGUGUUUUGACACAAGCUUAACAAAUGGGGUGUUCAGACUGUGGCUCUUCUACAAAUGUCAUUUCUAGGAUUGGACUGGAUCAUGGUCUGUGAAGGGUACAUUCAUUUCAGACUCUCAUAUUGGAAACAUUGAAGGACAGCAUUACCUGUUGCCUCCAAGCAGAUGUACUGUGUUUUUAAGACUGAAGAAAAUGCGUGUUUUCAGGUUGCCGGGAGGGGAACACUGUAAAUAGCCUUUUUAAUACUUAACCACACUUUUGGUUGAUACUGGAGAGAUCUAAUAAGGGUAGUUUUUCAUUAUUCGAAUAAAGAAGAAAAUGAAUGAAGCACGGAAGAACAGCACAGUGCCUGGACAAAAAGCUAAAUAAAGAAUCUUUCUUCCCAAGAAGUCAACGUUUCAAAAACCAAAGUAAAAAUGAGGGACACAGCUGUGUAUUGUUAAUUUCUUUGGAUAGAAGUGAUUUAGUAUUCUGGGGGCUGGGGAGAAAUCUUUAAAAUAACUGUUACGUUGGUUGAAUGACUGUAUUUCCAAAGGGAUAAAAAUAGCAUUUUAAGUAAGGUAGCAAAAGCUAGUUUGGAAACUAGUUCAAUUAUUUAAAUGGCAUUUUGAUACUUAGCGGACUUGUCAACUGAUAUCCGCUGCCCAGGCUUUUGAAGAGGGAUCUACAAAGGCCAUGUAUGUAACCAAAAGCAAACAGGUCAUAUUCAAUGUUUCUAUGCAGGAUAAUGACAAAAUUCCCUUCUAACUGUAUUGUAAAUUGUUGUACAGAGGUCAUAUUUUCAGUUUAAAAAAUUUCAGCAACUUAUUCCUGUACAAAUGUUUAAAGUAUGGCUUUUCUAAUUGGAUAUUGUAUUUUUUUUAAGUCUCAUUGAAGGCGCUUUUAAUUGCUGCUAAAUGAUGUUGCUUUUGCUUUUGCAAAAAAUAAAAAUAAAAUAAAUCAAAUGACCUCCUUAAGGUGCAAGUCAACUGUACGUCCUAGAGAGACUGAAAAGUAGAUAAUUCAUUAACAAUCAAGGCAUGUAAAACUGAUCUGUGUUGGAACUAUACAGUGCAGUUCAAGUCAGUUUCCUGAGCUGGAGCACGUUGAUAAUAGAUGUAGAAGUUGUUUAUGGUUAUUCACGGUUUCUGGAAAUUCUGUCUACAAGGUGGGAAGAUGUUCCUCUAAAGAGAUGUUUCUUGUGGCCUGUACAGAUAUUUUAAAAUGUGAAACAUUUUCUAACUGCCUUGUACGGUAGAAUCUUUUUUUCAGAAUGCAGUAUCUCUCCCAUACAAGAUUCCUUUUACUGUCACAUUCAUAAUGCUGAAUACCUGUACGUAACUUUGUCCAUGUUGCAGAAAGGAAGGCUGUAUUACCACAAGGUUUUUUUCCUCCCCCAUUUAAUAUUGUACAGUUAAACUGUGGCUCUUGUUUCUGAUGUUGCAAGCCAUUUUGUUUUCAUUGUACAUAAGGAUACAUUAACUGUCUCUUCAAGAUGCUGCUGAAAUUGUAGAGAAUGUAGCCAAAACAGUAAUAAAAUAAUGACAGUUGGAAUUUCAA